UGCGUGAAAAUUGCGGAUCUGCUAAUUGCUAUUCAAUUCGUUGUGAUUAAUUAAAAAGUGUUAUUUAAUCAAGCUAGUGCAAGCAGCUUAUAAUUAAUUUCAUCAUGGUUUGAGUUACCAAGCGUCACGGUGUAGAAUUUUAGAAAAUUAAGUGAAUUUUAUAGUGGACUAUGUGCUAACGCUAAGCAUUAGGUUGGGUUGUAACCAUGACGCAGUUUUUACCUCCUAAUUUGCUCGCCCUAUUUGCGGCAAGGGACCCUAUCCCUUAUUUGCCGCCUGCUGCGAAGCUCCCGCAUGAAAAGAAACAAAAAGGCUAUGAUGGCGUCGGCGCUUUUCUCAACAUCUUUGAGCACCCGUCAGAAACACCACCGCCCACCCGUGUAGAGACACGAGAGGAGCGCGCAGAGCGUCGUCGCCGCGAGAGAGCGGAACAGACCGCUUACAAGCUAGAACAGGAGAUUGCACUGUGGGACCCGGUGGCCAACGCGAGGGCUACCGCUGACCCUUUCAAAACGCUCUUUGUUGCGAGAAUUAACUAUGACACAUCAGAAUCAAAACUGAGAAGAGAAUUUGAAGGCUAUGGAGCUAUUAAAAAGAUAUACAUGGUGUACAAUAAGGAAGACGGUAAACCUCGCGGCUACGCGUUCAUCGAGUACGAACACGAGCGCGACAUGCACUCGGCGUACAAGCACGCGGACGGGAAGAAGAUCGACGGCAAGCGGGUGCUGGUGGACGUCGAACGCGCCCGGACGGUGAAGGGUUGGCUGCCGAGGAGGCUUGGUGGUGGACUGGGCGGCACCCGACGCGGAGGCGCCGAUGUCAACAUCAAGCACUCGGGCCGCGAGGACAACGAGCGUGAGAGAGAACGCUACAGCCGCGAGCAGAGAGAGAGAGACGAACCACGCGGCGGGCGCCGCCGCAGCCGCUCGCGCUCGCCGCGUCGGCGCAGCGGCUCUCGCUCACGCCGCCGCGAGAAGGAAAGGGACAGGACGAGAGAAGACGAGCCGGCUGAGAGCCGUCGCCGGCGACGUUCCCGCUCGCGCUCCCGCCGACGCGACAAGGACAAGGAGAAGCACCGCGACCGCGACGCGCGCUCCGACCGCGACCGCGACCGUGACCGCAAGCGCGCGCGCAGGGAUAAAGACAAGGACCGUGACCGCAAGGAGCCCAAACUGCGGGUGGACGAAAUCAAGGUCAAACAGGAACCACACACUGACUAUCCCGAGUUCACUCUGCCCGCCAUGGACGUCCAAAUCAAGCAGGAGCCGGCGGACGACGACGAGAACAAAUACAACCCGGAGGAGGCGAACGGGGACGACUACAACUACUAAACAGGCUGUUUACAUGCUUUUGUGCAUUUUGGCUCAGAACUCACUAUCAGGAGGUCUUAGAAUCUAUUGCAUGCAUGACAUGAGCAUUUCUCUUUUUUUGUUUUGAUUUUUUUAGGGAAUUUUAGGUCAAUUGAGGAGUGUCU